ACUCUCCUGCUGUUGCGCUUUUACUGGGAAUCUGCAUGAGACGCUGUGAGACUGAGGGUGAUUCUCAACUACUGACACAAAAAGGAGGAAAUAAUACUUACUGUUUAGCAAAAACUGUGCAUGGUCACAUCCACAAAGACUUUAGGAAGGUGAACUCAUCCAAGACUGACAUAUGGUCCUUGUCAUUAAUCUCUGUUUGUAGCAAGGUUUAAUAAUUUUUGUUAGUACAAGGGGGUCCUGAUCCCUGCUUGGGGUCCCUUGGUGCUACUGCAAUAGACAUAAUAAUGAACAGGAGAAAAAUAAAGCCCCAAUGAUGUGUGAAGCAGAAUAAUGUUGGUAGUUAUUACAUUUAUUUGAAUGCAUAUCAAUUACAGCUUAAAGAGAUCAACAACAUAUGGCCACAGGUUCAGAGUCAAAUGUCUUGGUUACUGUGGAGCAGUCAAGUUGUUAGUCUGAUAGGUUGAUGGUUCACAAAAAAAGGAUUAGCUCAACAGUAUAUCUGAAUUUCUGAUUUCCAGGGUAAUUGGGCCCCAAUGCUGAAAGCCGCUCUCUGCAGGCAGGCCCCCACAUGCAUGUAGCUCCAGCCACACAGAGCAUCUUGCUGGGUGGGGGCCUGACUGUGUGACUAUCCAAAACCUUGUCAGUACUGUGUUAUGUACAAGCAGAUAUAAGUAUGCAUGAUGUUAUCCUUUCUUGUGUUUGUUUUCUAAUGCUGCAUACACAGGCAGAUCAGGAAUCAUUCAGUGAAGCAAUUUGUGAAUAAUUUCAAAUAAUGAAUAAAUUUGACAGUUCCAUGAUCUGCUAUGAACAGGGGGAAAAGGCAAAAAUGUGCUGAAUAAAUUUACAAAUUAUGGCCCAGAUCCUGCAUUGAAAACCAGGUAUGCAGACACCUGCACCUGCAUAGGGCCCCGUUGGCUUCAGUUGGGCUCUGUGCAGUUGGAGGGGGUUUGUCCAUGCAAUUCUCAGUGUAGGAUCUGGGCCUAGAAAGCACAUUUUGCUCAAGCUGUUGACAUUUCACCAUGGGGGGCUGGUUCUUUUUACUUUAUAAAAGUAAUUGCCCUGUUUAUGGCAAAACUUGGAAAAAUAUUAUUGCACAUGUAAGGUAGCUUGCCACUCUUACAGAAUGGGGUUUGGAAAAGCAUUAUUUUGCUCAUACCAAUGUUGGCCAUACUGAGGGAAAAUUUGUCAGGAAUGUUGCAGAUAAUGCACAGAUAAGCCAACACAACAGAUCUUGUAAAACUUUGCUGAGGAUGAACUCAGUACUCAUAAAGUCACCUUUCUGCACUCAGGUCCUACUCCUAGCUCAGUUCAAUUGGACUAGAACCUCUUAGCUUUAAUUACAUGCCCAAAUGUUGUUCCUCAGAUAAUACAAUAAAGUAAUACGUUGAUUUUUUUUCUACAAGCCCUAAUAAACAUGUGGCACCUUGUAAUAUUUUUUAUUGUAAUAUAUUUGAAUUUCAUUAUCAUUAUCAUAAUGAUAUAUUCUGUUGAUUUAGACUUUUAUAGGGCAAGUUCUUUCUAAGGUUUGUAUUUCAUUUAAAAUUCAGGACCCUUCUACUACACCUUUCUUUUCCCCAGCAGCAGCUCAGCUUUCCUUAGAUGCCUUCCUCAGAGAUGAGGCACUGAACUGCCUAUUGGGUGACUUAGCUGUUAACUUAUGUGGCCAGCAUAUGCCAGCAACUUUUUUACUGUUACUCAAUAUUAUACAUAACAUAGAAGUGCCAUUUUCUAUGUACUUUCUAAAUGAAUUCUGUCUGGCAUACAUAGAGUAGUAAACAGUUCUGCAAGAUACUACAAUUGUGUACAGUAUCUAAGGUUAUAGAAAACAAUGUAUGAUGCUGAGGAAUAGUACACAGUCAUGUAGUGAAAGACUGUUAUAAUGCAUACACGUGAAGAGGCAGAGUUAAGACUGUGUUUGAAAGUGUACCUGGCAUUUCUUGAUUUCUGAGGCUAAACUGCAAAUUAACAUUUUUUAACAUAACUCUAAUCCAGCAUAGAUCUGAUUUUCUGUCAGAACUAGGACUGCAUUCAUGGUCAAGAGAAUGCUAGUUAAUUUCCCUAUUUAGAAAUAACCAUAUUUACUGCUUGUUAAUUCGGAUUGUUUUCUUUCUUCAGUUUGUUCAUACUUUUAACACAGAACUACAAUAAUACUUAGAAAAUGUAGGGUACUGUUCAUCUUCAAAGCACUGUGCAAGCAUAUUAGCUAAUUAAACCUUACAGCACUCAUGGGAGAUGGAUGAACAAGAUUAUUAUUCCCAUUUAGCAGAUCGUGAAACAGGUGAAGUGACUUACUUGGCCACACCCCCAGUGAGUCACUGUCAGAGGCAGGACUAGAAUUCAGGAUUCUGGCUUGCAGUCGUGCAACUCCUUGUGUAACUUUUAUCUGGGUUGGAUCAGGUCAACCUUUUGUUGAUGCACUGAUUAGUAGAAUGAUCCCUCACAACCAGCAUAGCUACAUUUAGUUCAAGCUUUUUAUCUGAUAGGUUUCAUAUAUGGGAAAGAGGUUCUCUCUCUUAAUGGGAGAACAUGUCUGUUAUGAUAAGUGUAUUAACUCCAGUUUUGUAUUUUUAAUUUUAUUAGUGUGUCUUGAUGAGAAUGGUGAGAAUCAACAUUCGAAGACUAUGCAUAUAGGGGUCAGUCAGUUAUGAUUGCAGGCCUGCAUGGAUGUAUAAGGGGGAGAAACCAAAGCCCUGCUCAUCCCUUAAAAGACACCAUUGCAGCCCUUGUGUUCAGGAGUGCAAGGACUAUAUUCACACCACUGCCAGUGCUAGGCUCCCUAGAACUGGAGGGUAGCACUCUGCACCUUGUCAAAGGGCCCAGGCUGUCCUUGCAUGAUGCCUCCAGGAGCUCCCAUUGGGAUGAUGCUCUCCAUGUGGGUUGAGGCUUAAAGACUGAGUUUUCCUAGCAGAAAAAAAUUAUUUUCGGUUCACCAUUCAGAAGUGGGGAUGGCUUUUGUUUAAUGAUUUCUUCCGAGCUCUGUGGAGCAGGGGUCUGUGCAGCAUGUUCAUCUUUUAGAUGCACAUUGAUUCUCUUCCUUGUUUUCAGUCUGUGUUUUGAUUUGUUUCACUACCUAUGCAACUUUGGGGUGAUCAUUUAGAUGUACACCGAUAGCCUUGUUGUAUGUCACUUUGCUCAGACUCGUUACGGUUCUUAAAGAAUAAAACUGUCCUGUGAAUUAUCCUCCCCUCCCAUGUGGGGGGGCAGGGCUUGGGGAACUGCGGAGUGAGGAGGGGUUGAAGCCUCCCAACUUUACAGAUCAUGUGGAUCCGCAGGAAAGGGCCUCUUAAACUGACAGAGCCAGGAGCUGUCUGUUCAGUGGGCCUUCUCUUCCUGUUGCUAGCAACAUGGCUCUAGCCGAAACCAUGCUGCUGUUGGCAUGAGUGGCUACUCAGUGGGAGUCAUGGAGCGGAUCUGGGAGAGCUAUACAGCACUGAGGUGUAUUAACUCCUAACCACAUUCCACAGCAAUCCAAUGAACACCAAGUGAUGAUGAUGCACAGAAUGGCUGGUCUCCUUCUCCUGCCCACCCUACUCAACAUCCAGGGGAAUCCCUUCUGGGCAGUACACCUACAGAGGGGCAUCUAGGUGUUCUGGUGAGGGGAAAAGGACUGCUGAGGAAGCAUUCCUUCUCCCCCAAUGCAGAUCUCCAGAGGAACAAGCGUGGACAUGGAGAUUAAUUUCUCUGCAGUAGAAUUUUUUUAAAACAGAUAUAAACAAUCCACAUGACAUUCUUCAGCAGAUAUGGUAGAGUGGCAUGUCCAAACUGACUGACAAUAUCCCUAUAAGGUAUGGACAGAAUUGUAAAUUUAUGAUUAUUACAUUCUAAGAACUGUCCAACCUCAAACCAUCUGUAAAUUCUGAGAUAAUUUAAAAUUGGGAUUUUUACAUCAUCUGAUUAAUCAUCAGUUAGCCAGAUCAUACACUGACUGAGUGGAAGCAAUGUAGGACACUAUUCUAUAUGUACAGUAUGAUGCAAGAAUUCGUUAUUGGGCAUGCUUAUUUUCUGCAAGUCAGUUGUGACAGAUUUCAUUCACCACACGCACAAAUCAGAAAUAGGGCUCUGAAAUUCACUUUGGGGUUUAUUUUAUUUUCUUCUCAAUUUAGAAAUAUUUCAUUUAGGAAAACUAAAUUCAUACAGGCACAUUUCUGCAGCAGAAUAACUUUACUGUUGGGUUUUUACAUUCAGACAAAAAUAACGUCUGACAUUUUCAUAGACUAAAACAGAAACACAGCUGAGUUGCCAUCCUUCAGUAAAUAAAUUGACUCUUAGUUAAAACACAUCACAAGUUAUAAGUAGAAGCCAGUAAAAAAAUGGGAGCUGUGUGUCCAAGAAAAGUACCAAAAUAAUUCAGACAAAUAUUUUCCCCAUAUUCUGGGUGAUUUUUCCAGCCUCUGAGAACUUCUCACAUAUAAUAUGGGUUUAUAGGCUGUAUCAGUGAUGAAAACUUGGGUCCUGUAAAAAAAUGUCAUGUACAGUUGUGUAAACAAAAGCUAGAAUCCUACAGGUAGACCCUGCACCUAUGCAGAAUCCCAUUGACUUCAGUGGGAGCUCUAUGUGUGCAAAAUAGUCUGCUCGCACAGAGCUCACAGCAGAUUAGGACCAAAAAUGUUAAAUGUCACUGCUCUAUUUACCGUCAUGAAAUACAUUAGGAAAGUUUCCUAUUCCUACAGUGUGAUCUUGCUGCAAUAAGGUAAAUAUAUUCACUUUAAUUUUUACAGCUAGAAUAUGACCCUUAACAAAAGUUCACAUCCAAAAUUGCUUUGAUAUCCUAAUUUUGCACACAAUACCCUUGAUCCUGCAAUGAGAUCUGUGAGUGGAACAGUUACACCUGUAUGGCUCCACUGCCAUACAGGAGCAAUUUUUAAUCUGUAUUAAUGUAUAAUCCAGAUGUAUUAGUUUUUUGUAUGCCUGCAGUGUCAAUAAGUAAAAAUUAAUAUUCCAGUAAUUUUGGUGCUAGUUGUUGCAUUAGCAUUCCUGAAUGCAGGGGAAGAAACAUUUGAUUACAAUUAGAGUGGUUUUCUUCUUUGUUUAAAAAACCCCCAAACUCUGCACUAUGACAGUUGAAGGAAUGUUUCUUUAAAACCAGAGCCAAGAGUUCAUCAUAGUAGCAGAGAGCGCAUUGAAAAACUUUGUGAUGCCUUCCAUAAAACCUCUUUUGUCCUGGAUAAUUGUUCCUUUAAAGCUUUGUGGCUUUUUAGCCAUCUUACAUUUCUCAAUUUUACCAUCUUGGAAUUAACCUAAUUAACUGCUUUUUUUGAUUGACUCAUGAAGACUUCAACCUACUGCCAUCCAGGAAUGUGAAUUCUAAUCAGUCGUUUCAUUUCCAUCAAUAAGAAACUCUUCAGGUUUAAAUAUCCACUUUUUGGAACAACAAAAUGUGAAAAUUAAGAUUUCAGCAAGGUUGGUGACAAAAGUCACACCCAGCUUUAGUAGCAGCAGUGAAAAAAAUUUGCAUCAUCAUUGGUAAUCAUGUAUAUUCAUCCUUCAUGCUAGCCUGAUAGCAGAGGGUGGAGUUUAUUAGCUUUUUAGUCUUCCUGAGUUGGGACUUGCCUGCAAGUUUCAAAUCAGCUUUCUUCUUUAAAUCAAAUGUUUGUUUUAAUAAGUGGAAGCUGGAGUAGACCAUACCUUUAAAAAAACAAAGUGAAAAAAUCCCAGUGUAGGAUUAGCAAAUCAGGAAUUUUUGUUUGUUUUUUAAUUUCCUAAUGAUUUUGUUUGGUAUUUAAAAUUCACUGGAUAUCCUGUUUUCACUGUGUUGACACCAAUGAUUGAAAGCAGUAGUUGGUCUGUGACUUUGCAGGAGAGGGAGAACCGCAGGCUCCAGGAAGCCAGCAUGCGGCUGGAACAGGAGAAUGAUGACCUUGCCCAUGAACUUGUAACGAGCAAAAUAGCCCUCCGAAAUGACUUGGACCAGGCUGAAGAUAAGGCAGAUGUUCUGAACAAAGAGCUUCUCCUGACUAAACAGAAACUAGUGGAGACUGAGGAAGAAAAGCGGAAGCAAGAAGAAGAAACUGCCCAGCUGAAGGAAAUCUUCAGGAAACAACUAGAGAAGGCGGAAUCUGAAAUAAAGAAAACCACUGCCAUUAUUGCGGAAUAUAAACAAAUUUGUUCCCAGCUGAGUACCAGGCUCGAGAAACAACAGACAGCAAGUAAGGAGGAACUGGAGGUUGUGAAGGGUAAAGUGAUGGCUUGCAAACACUGCAGUGAGAUUUUCAGUAAGGAAGGAGCAUUGAAGCUGCCUGCUAUAAGCAGAGAGACCCAGGGAACAGAAAGAGAUGAUGAGAAGGAUGCACUCAAGAAGCAGCUGAGGGAGAUGGAGCUGGAACUGGCACAGACCAAAUUGCAGCUUGUGGAAGCAAAGUGCAAAAUUCAGGAGCUGGAGCACCAGAGAGGAACCCUUAUGAAUGAAAUCCAAGCUGCUAAAAACUCUUGGUUUAGCAAAACCCUGAACUCUAUCAAAACGGCCACGAGCACACAGCCACCACAGCAGCCUCCACCAUCCCAGCCACCCAAAGAGAGCAGUACAUAGUUCCAGCCAGACCCCAGGCACAAGAGCACAAAGAACAAAGCAACUGAAACCCUGGAGGAUUUCCCCAGGGGGGUCUCCUCUUGGGGAAAGGACAAAAGACAGGAGUGCAGGCGUUGAAGUGAAAUCCUUCAGUGUCUUUACUCAUUCUGGUGUGACCCUUUCCAAAGGGAGGUUAUUUAAAGAAUCCAAUUUUAUGUUGAAUACUUAUUUCCCACCUGCCUUCCUGAAAGUCAUGUUCUAAUACCUUCAUCCUUUUACACUUUAUUUUAUAUGCUUAGAUGUUAAGAUGGAUAAUAAUAAUUCAGAACUAAAUGUUCAAUAUGUGAACUAAUUAUAACUACAAUUAUUUUUAUCUUGCAUAAAACAGAUGUUUUCUUUUUGGGAAAGAAGGAGGGUAGCAUAAAGUACUGAGGCAUAAAUCUUGUCAAAGAAAGCACAGUAUAAUGCCAGGCUUUAUACUCAUGCCAUGGGAUCAUCUCAAGUUUACAGUGGUGUUUGCAUCCUGCAGAGAAGCAUUUCCCAUUCAUUGUAAGUCUUAAGUCAUAGCCAAAAUAGUCUUGUGCUCUCUCUGGCAUAGCACAAGUGUUUAUAGUCUUCCCUGCGAAUAUUCUGUGUGUUUGAUUUUGGCAAUUAGUUUCCUGCACAAAUUCAAGGAGCGCAGGUCUUCCAGAUGCUGAGUGGCAGCACUGUUUAAUUCUUGUGUGUCGCACCUGAACUGGAAUUUAAAGUGAAAUCUUCUAGUUCCCUUCUUAUUCUGUUUUAUUUUCAGAACUGGAGAAAUGAUUCUCUCCAUUAGAACAAAGGGAAGGCUAUAUUAUUUUUUUUUGGGGGGGGGGGGGAGAAAUAAGUAGUUUUGAAACCUUGCUUAGUUUUGACAUUCUAUCUAUUACUCCUGUGCAAUAAAAGCGUGGUAUCUUUUUUUCAGCGUAGUUGGUAGAAAUAUUUUCACAUGAAACAUUGGGCCAAGGUUUAAGCAUUGGUCUUGGCACAAAACUGGAAGCAUCAAAUCAAAAAACUCUCUUUGCACAGGAGAAACAAACACCAUGGAAAAGUUUAUUUGCUUUUGACACUUUAUUAGGGAACCCUAAGUUGCUGUAUCUUUUUUUAAAGGACAAAAUAUUAAAAAUGCAAGAUAAUAGACUUUACUCAUGAGGUAAACUUUUCUGAUGAUUAUUCCUGAGUCUGUCUGGAAACAGGAUUGUCUUGUUUUAUAUCUCUAAGUUAAAGAAGUGCAAAAGCAGUUGUGACAUUUUUUUGAUUGAACAUAAAUGUUUAUAGAAAUACUUAUUUCAUGAAAAAUUAAACUAUUGCUUAAACUGAUGGAAAUAUUUUUAAAUUAUAUUUAACAUGUCUAUAAGAAGGUCUCACAGAUAAAUAUUGUUGCUGGACAAGAGGUUAGUUGUGCAUUAAGUUUCCCCAUGUUAUAAAAUGUUCCAGGGACAUUAGCCCUGUUUUGAUUUUAACUUUAAGUAAUGUAAUAUCUUAUCAGCUCUGUACAAUAAAGUUUGAUACUCACAUCCUGCUUCAUUUUCAAGCAUAUUUUCAGAAGAUUUUUACAUGUAGUACAAGUUUAACAUUUACCCUGUGCCAAAUGAGACAUUUUGAAGAGAGGUCAGCUGUUUGAAAUAGAGAUCAAAAUGUAGUCACUAUCCUUAGGCAGCUAAAGGCCUGCAAUUUGGUGAUGUAGAUUCUUUUUUCUAAGAACAGAGCUGAAUAAAGAGUUAAGUUCCUCUUGUUAGAAUGGUUUAUAAACUUACCUGGAAGAACAGUGUUUUGUCUAGAUGUUGUUACAGAGUGGAAUCGAAAUAAGAGGGUUCUUCAAAUGAAACCGAAUUUUGGCAUACUUUCCAUAAUCAGCUUAGUGCUAUUAAUAUUUAUCUGAAUAAAGACCAGUGUUCCUAUCCAGUGGAAGUACUAAUUUCAGCAUUGAGAUGUCACUGGCAAGUAAAUUAACGAACUUGAACUAAGUUAUGUAAUAAACUGGAGGUGACAAUUGUAUACAAUUAAAUACAUUAUUGUAGUACUUGGAGUACUGUGCUCACAGCCAACAUUGUUACUGGUAUCAGUUUUGUCCAAAUUUCUCAUUUAAAUUCCAAUCCUUUAAUUUAAAUCAUGCCUACGGAUUGAUUUAUACUGUUUUCCAAACAAGGUCUUCAAUGCAGUAUAAACAGAAAAGUGAAUUUAAUAUGGCACUUUUUGGCAUGUCUCCACUCACAAAAAUGUUUGCUACCUGUAAGCUAUGCUGAGCCCUUACAAUUAUUGGAGAGGAAAUUGGAGUCUAUUUUGCCUUCACAUGAUAGCAAUAAAAUUAUCAGUCAAGUACUGAUGACAGAAUCUUCACUCCUGGUAAUGAUCCAAGAGGCUUGAUUUCCUACCUCCUCCCCCACCAUCCCAGGUUGAGUGUAGAAGAAUGAAUAACAUUUGACUUUAAAAACUGUAAAUCUUGUUUGGAAUCAGUGAAAGAACAAAUAAAAUCACUUUCCUGACUGUAAUGACAGUGACAUUCAAUAACAUGGAAAGCUAACAAGAUUGUAGGGUUACAAGAUAGGAGGUAAAAUCCAACUUCCUGGCUGUAUAUACAAAUAACCUAACAUUGUCAUAAGGAUUAAAAAAAAUGGGUUUUAGUUGGCCCUUUCAGUGGUAAAAGACAGAACCGGGUACAUGAUGGAAAUGUGCACCUUCAGCGUUGGCUGAUAUACUGUAUGUGGCAAAGGCUGAUGUUUGCAUAGAUUUUUUUUUUUCAGUGGGAAACUUCCUGAAUUAAGUCUCACUGAAGCUAAUAUGUAUCUGUUCAAACAGCACUGAAACAGUUAACAUAACUCAAAGUGUGGAAGUAUUUUUUUUUUUAAUUCAAUAUCAAAAUGCAUGCCCAGUUCCAACAGUUGUACUAAAGGUAACUUGUGUCCGUCCAUAUGUAAGGAGCAAGCAUUAUUGGGGAUUUUUAUUUUUACUUCCAUUCAGAACAUUCUGAAAUAUGGCCUUAAUUUCACAAAGAAACAAUUCUCUGUAAAAUAUGUAUUUUGGUGCCGUUAUUAAUCUUGUGGAUACUAGUGCCUCACUGAGGUGCACAAUGCAGAAAGAACAAGUAAAUUUUUUUCACUUCAUGCAGAAGUUUUUUAUUUGGGUGAAACACUUCAUAGGAUAAAUCAGGUUGGAUUAAUUACAUUGUACAUCAAUUCACUAAUCAUAUCUUUGUGGAUCAAAGUUGAAUUUAUGUAAAACCGUAGUGCAUACUUCAUAUCACUUAAAAAAAAUGUUGAAAAGUUAACGACUUGCCUGCAUUCAGGUAAACUGCUCAAGGUUCAUAUGCUUCAGUCCUCAGUAGAAGGAAAGCACUGAACCAUGUACUCAGUAUAGCCAGCUGACACACACAUCCCAGCCUCUGCCCUGCUCAUUAGAUUGUACAUCUUCCCAUUUGCUAUGGCGAAAUUAUCUUUAGAUAACCAGAAAAAUCUUUUUGUAUUAUAAGUUGUAUGGCGGGACUUUUUGUUUAGCCAUUAAAUUUCCUGUUUUAUGCUAGCAUAUUUUGUUUUAUUCUCUUAUUUCAUUAAAAAACUAUUUUGAAGCAAAAAGCAGGUGUGGGGUAUCUCUGUUCACUAGAACAAGAAAGGAGAGUCAGGUAGAGCAGACACUCAUCCCUUGAUACCAAAGUAUAUUAGUCAUAGCAGACUCUUAUAGACUAAGUAGAGACAAAUACAUUACGGAUUUAGGUUUUGUGGCAAACACCUGGGGUGAAAUCCUGGCCCCAGUAAGACAAUGGCCAAACUCCCAUUGACUUCAGUGGGGCCAGGAUUUCACCCAUGAAGUUGAGUUUGUGAUAUGCUGACUAGCCUUGGUGAUAGUGCUCUUUAAUAGAGUAGAAAAACUGCCUGUACUGGCCGCUACAGUAUCAUGAUUUACAAAUUAAGUAUGAAAAAUCUUGUUUUCCUAAUGCCACAACCUCUCGCUAAGAAGUGUGUAGGGCUGAAUUCUGACAUCCCUGUACUGAGUAAUAUCUUACUGAACAUGUGAACUUUGUCAUAUAAUGGUAUGUUAUUUUUCAUCUCCUAGAGAAGCCUUUAGUACAUGUUUUACAUUUUGAAGAUCUAGGCAGUGGUUUUAACUAAGAGCUGAAUGACAGUUCUCUUGAACCCACAGCAGCCAUCAGUGGAUGAUGCCUUGUAAAGUAGUCGGUUGUUCAAUAGCAGGGUUUACUAGAUAUAUAGCAUUGCAUAUGCCCAUAGAUGUAACGUAGUACCGUACAUUUUCCUCUUACAAAUAUAGCCUUUUUCUAAACUUCCUUUCUGCUUAUUACACUAACCAUCCCAUGGAGAGCUGUCCCACUAAAAAGAGGCAUUUCCAUCCAAAUAGUGCUAAAUGCUCACACACUACAUCCCUUUCACUUUGAACUACUCAAUAUAGAAAAUGUCGCAAGUUGACUUCUGAACACCCACCAAUGCACUGUCUGAAACUGGGCUAUGAUACAUAGAAAGCAUCCAGUUUUAAAGAGAUUCAUAAUGAGAACUAGAAAAUGGACCUUUUAAGGGCACUACACACGAGAACUAAUUACAACCCUACCUUUCCUAGUUCAAAGGCCUGCAAAACAUCAGUUCACAACCAUUACUCACUAUUUACAGGGUUGCCCUUCAGGAAUACAGAGCUAUCAAUUUCUUCCAGACUCCCAGUGGUUUGCUAUUGAAUGUAUGUCAUGCCCAUUUUUACCUGGAAAAAAUACAGCUCAAAAAUAAGAACUUUAUUUCCUUCCCUUAUUUUCUUAUUCAGUGAGACUUGUUUUUAUUUAACCUGUAAAGGAGCAUAUAUGCAUCUUUGGAAACUAUAUAUUAUAUAUAGAAUAAUAUAUAGGAAACUGAAUUAGGAGAUAAAAUACAUCAGAAGGGUCUAGUGUCACAAAUUUCACUCAUGUGAUUUGAUAACCACCAGAAUCCUGGGCUGUACUAAUUUCCUUUCAGUUUCUCUUAUUUUUGUAUUUUAUAUAAUACAUGGAUCCUACUACCAAUUCAUAUAAACAAGAGAAAAUGUUAUUGGCCUCUGCCUGAUUCUCUCCUUUCAACAAUCCCCUGGAGGAAACUAAUGUGGAUGAGGUUUUCAAGAAUUGUAUUGGGAGCUAUUUCACUUAGAACCAUCACCUUCUCUUGGAACUCUGGAGAGAAUCUUCUUUAUAGUUUAAGUAGAAAAUACAUUGAUGUCAAGAGCAAGCAGAGAUGGGCCCUAUCCAGAUCCAUAGUUUUCCAAAGUUUAAAGGGGAUUCAGUUCCAGGGAUUUUAUUCAGCCUCUUGAAACAGGCACCAGCUGCAAAGCUUGGAUCCAGAAUGAGGAUUCCCACCUGUUGGGGUUAUUCAGCUGCACAGUCUUGAUUUGGGUCCAUCCCUAAUUAUAAAGAGAAAUACAGUGCUAGUGGACUAGGGAGAUACAGGGGCUUUGUUGUGUUAGACUUAUGAUUUGGGAACAUUUUUAUACUGCCAAUCAGUCGCUGUAUAACCAAUCCAUGUAUUAUAUAAAAAUAUAAAUGUAACACUUGUUAUUAAAAGUGUAAUUUAAUGUACAUCAUCACAAGAAAUGUUUACUUUUUUAAUUGUUAGACAUGUUUAGCUCAGUAUCUUGUUUUCUUUGUGUGAAUGAUAUGUUGUAAAAUAAACAGAAAUGCAAACAAGAUGGGAAUGAGAU